AUGCAAGCCGUAGAGAGAUUGUGGAGGGAGCGAGAAGAAAUGGGACAUACUCCGCUGAUCAAGUUUCAGCCAAAAGGGUUUCCCAAUGCUGAUAUCUUUCUCAAAAAUGAAACAGCCACUAAGACACGAACAUUAAAACAUCGAUUUGCGUGGGCGCUGGUUCUUUGGGCAAUUAUCGACGGAAAAAUAGCCAAAGAACUUGAACCGGAGAAGAUUGAACAAAUCACAAGCGGUACCAUAUCUUCGGUUGGACGAUACACGAAAAGGUAUAAUAUCCCAACAAGGAUAGUUCUAGCCGAUUCCGAGUUCUCCCUAUUCCAUGACUAUGUGAUCUACAAUAGAUUCACAAAUGAAUCAGCGGCAGCGAUGUACGUACUUAGGGAAAGAGGAAUCGGAGGUGGCGCAUCUACGGGCUUGAACUUCCUCGUUUCACUUCACAAAGCUUAUCAACUAAAAGAUGCUAAAAACAACGGUCGCUUGACAAUUGUUACAAUUAUUUGCGAUCCUGGAGAGUACUAUGAAACUACGUAUUUCAAUCCACAAUGGAUCGACAAGUUGUUUGCCGAUGCUGGUGGUAUGAAAGGACUGAAAUGCUGGCAAGAUGUGAGUGUGUUUUGCAUAAAAUGCUGA